UCUCCUUAUAGCGGAAGAUGCGCUAUGGGAAACAUUAACAGGUUGACGACUUAUGUAUCCGCGUGCACACACAUCAUCUAUUCUAGGCGUAAAAUAACUGUCAUGGCAUGCUAAGUAACAUUUUCCAGAUAAACUUUCUUGCAAACUACUUUUUUGGUUUUGAAUUUUUCGCCAGUGCUUCGAAAAGUCACUAUGAACAAAUCAAUGGAUUUUGUUCAUAGCCCUUGAAGGCUACCCAAGGACAGGCUUCGUCAGGAUAACAUUUUCUUCAAAACGUGACCAGAGGAGAAAAACAAUUGUCAUUUAGGAUUGAGUGUUGUCCUUCUCAAACACAUCUACGGCCGUGCUGUAACACAUCCCAAUGCCACAAUGCCCAUCAUCAGCAAUGCCAACCAUGACUUUGGUGCUUACUCUGUCAGCAGUGACAACAGCAGUCUCGACCGUUUCUUUACCGAGAUUCCAGAGACCGAGACCAUCAAGGGCGUUUAUUAUCAGCGCGCUCAACUGCUCCGUGGUUCAGAGUCCUUGCAUGUGGUUGACCACAACCUUCAGGCCCUAAUCAAUGUAGGCGGUAACCGUUAUACAUUUCUCUGGAGCACCCUGGACCAGUUCCCCUUUAGUCGCCUCGGCCACCUACGGUUCUGCACCAGCCCUGAAGAGAUAGCACGCCUCUGUGAUGACUAUGAUGAAACCAGACGCGAGUUCUUCUUCGACCGCAACCCGGCAGCCUUCCGUGUCAUCCUCAACUUCCUGGCAGCCGGGAAGCUGAGGCUGCUGCGUGAGCUGUGCGCCGUGUCGCUGCACGACGAGCUUGACUACUGGGGUGUGGACCCGGCCUGCAUGGAGCGUUGCUGCCGGCGCCGGAUGAUGAGUCGUGUGGAGGACAUGGCUGAGCGUGAGCGUAAAGAGGAGGAGUGGAGGCAGAAGAGAAUGGAGCUAAAGAAACCCCCCCCUGUGGCGGAGAAGGGCUAUCGAAGACUGAUGGGUAUGUUGAGGGAGGUAGUGGAGAACCCACACUCCGGACUUGCAGGGAAGGUGUUUGCCUGCUUCUCCAUAGUUAUGGUUGCCGUCACAGUCAUCAGCCUGUGUAUCAGCACCAUGCCUGAUCUCCGUGAGGAGGAAACCAAGGGUGAGUGUUCCCAGAAAUGUCACACCAUGUUUGUGGUGGAGACCGUGUGCGUGGCUUGGUUUUCACUGGAGUUCAUUAUGCGGUUCCUCCACGCUCGUAGCAAGCUGGCCUUUGUCCGUGGCCCCCUCAACAUAAUUGAUGCCAUUGCCAUCCUACCCUACUAUAUAUCUCUGGCUAUGGGGGACACAGACAAGUCUCUGGAAGAUGGAGGCGCCGGACCAGGAAGGGGAUACUUGGAUAAACUGGGCCUGAUCCUGCGAAUGAUGCGGGCCUUGCGUAUUCUCUAUGUGAUGCGCCUGGCACGCCACUCCCUCGGUUUGCAGACCCUGGGGCUAACCAUGCAACGCAGCAUACGUGAGUUUGGCCUGCUGCUGCUCUUUGUCUGCGUGGCUGUGGCCCUCUUCUCCCCGCUAGUCCAUCUGGCCGAGAGCGAGCUGGCGCCGUACGCCGCCACUGCCCCACAGCAUCGAUUCAGCAGCAUUCCGGCUUCCUACUGGUGGGCCAUCAUCUCUAUGACAACGGUGGGAUACGGCGACAUGGUACCACGCAGCAUCCCUGGCCAGGUGGUGGCGCUGAGCAGCAUCCUGAGUGGAAUUCUCAUCAUGGCCUUCCCAGCCACCUCCAUCUUCCACAUGUUCUCCCACUCUUACCAGGAGUUAAAAGAAGAGCACGAGAGGCUGUGGAAGGAAGAGAGGGGAGCAGAACUGGCGGCGGAUGCCCAGGAGAGCAGGAGGGACCGGGAGCUCUCUUGGCCACCUCCAGAUAAAGUCAGUUUAAUCUCCUUGGAUGAUGUGGACAAAGGUCACAAAGGCUUCCAGCUGGAGCCUUUUGAAGACUUUGGACUUCCACCUCACUUUUUCAUGUAAAUGAUAUGAUCUGUGAAUGGUAUACUGUACAUUGUCUCACUCAUAUCACAUGCUAUUCUACUGUAUACAAUAGUGUGUAUUACUGUACUAAAAUUGACUUAAAAGGGUAGUUCUGCAUGUUUAUUUUGUUAUAAUACCACCUGUAUCUAAAUCAAUUACUGUUAUUAAGACCUUACGGUAGUCUCAUUUUUGUUGUUUUAUUGUUACAAUACUAAUAGCAGUCAUGGGUGCAAUGUUGUAACCACUGUGAUUUUACAGAAAGGACAUAUUGAUGCAAAUUGUCAUCAAAUGUAUAGUGAUGCCUAUUCAUUAUGUUUUAAAGUACUCUUUAAUACUUUUUUCAUUAUCAUUGCUAAUUGUGCUAACACGUUUCAACUUAAAAUACCAUUAGAACAAUAAAGAUGAUGUGAC